AUGCGGGCGAGACUCCGGGAUGGAGCUGCAGACAUCCUGGCACCGAUCCCCGAGCUCGAAGCGCUCCGAAUUAGGCGCCAAAUUAGAGCUGUGAUCACUGGCUUCCUAUUAGUCGAAUGUAUGAAUACGUACGAUACUAGCGUGCAACCAUUGAAGCCGGCUGACCGGCUUCGUAAAACGCAAAGAAAUGCGCAUUUUCGCGCUACCAAUCAUACUUCUCUUGGAUAUCAAUCGAUGACGUUGUCGGUGCCUGAAUGCACUGAGAUGAACCAUGCUCGUAUUGCUAGUCGACGUAAAAUGAGUCUUGGAAAUUCACCACUUCUGGCUAAUGGACGACGUACACCACCACCAUCAAGACGUACAAGUAUUGCCGGUACGUUUGAUGCAUUUUCGGACAGUAUUCGAACGCUUGCAAUCACAGCUAGACGGAAUUCAAGCCCGCUAUCCAGAAAAUCCACUAAAAAGAUGAAGAAAAGCAGAUUAGUGGGGAAGAAUGGCAUCUGUAAUGUCUACAAUACUAAUGUACCGAAGAAAGAUCGGCAAUAUCUCAGAGAUAUUUUUACUACAAUGAUCGAUGUGAAAUGGCGAUACAUGCUAUUUAUUUUCGCACUCGUCUUCGUAUUGAGCUGGACAACAUUUGCAAGUAUCUACUACACAAUCGCAUUUUUUCAUGGUGAUCUAUCUCCGGAAUUUCAUUACCUCAAUCGGACACAAUGCGUUGUGAACCUCGAUUCUAUUUAUUCAUCAUUUCUAUUUGCUGUUGAAACGCAUCAUACAAUCGGAUAUGGACACAGGUACAUCACAACCGAAUGCCCCUUAGCUGGACUUACAGUUUGCCUCCAAGCAGUAUGUGGUCUAUUAAUACAAAGUUUUAUGGUAGGUCUGGUGUUUGCAAAAAUGGCCAGACCAAAGAAAAGAGCGGAGACAAUCAUAUUCAGUGAGAAAGCAGUGAUAUGCCUUCGAGAUGGUCAACUAUGUUUCCUGUGUCGAGUUGGUGAUAUGCGAAACACUCAUCUUGUCGAGGCUCACGUCCGGUUACAAUUCAUCUCGGAUCGAGAAACUGCUGAGGGAGAGAUAGAACCUUUACAUCAGUUUGAAAUGAAGGUUGGUCCAACUAUAACUGAUGAUGAUCGCCUAUUUCUGGUAUGGCCGACAACAUUAUGUCAUGUGAUCAACAAAGACUCACCAUUGUACGAGUACACAGCAAAUUCUCUUUUAUCCGCUCAGUUCGAGAUUAUAUGUCUUUUGGAAGGGAUUGUUGAAUCCACAGGGAUGACAGCGCAAGCAAAGACGAGUUAUUUGCCGUGUGAAAUUUUAUGGGGACAUCGAUUUCGGAAAUUAGUAACAUAUCAACGUAGUAAUGGCUCGUAUCAGAUCGACUACAAUCUCUUCAACAGUACUUACGCAGUAAAAACUCCACACUGUAGCGCAAUGGAACAUUAUGCACAGGAAUGUAGUCCAAAGGACUACUUCUGCCACGACAGCCACGAACAUAAAUUGGAAGACAGCCGAUCCUGGGAGUCAAGUCCAGCUCCAUCACCUUCACCUUUCAGUUAUCCAGCAAGUCCACUUCCACCUCAUCACCUCUAUUCAUCGAAUGUCUGCAAUAACAAUAAUAAUAACAAUAGAAAUAGCGAGGAAGCGCUUCUAAUAACUCCACCUACGAUCGUUGUCCAGUGCCCGUCUGCUUGCUCAUCACCGAAUCAUUCAGCUCGACGAUCACACGAGAAUCGUCAGAAUAUGAUCUCAUCGCUUUCGGAAAACUGCCGAACGGGAAGCAGCUUGUCCACUCGACCGAGUACCGCGUUGUCGGAUCUCGAAGAAGAGUGUUCAGAUCAUGGAUCACCAACAAAUAGUCCGGAUACACGUAGUACGGUUGAGGUGUCCACGUGA